AUGGAAGAGCAUUUGACAGAAAUUCUACCUUCUGAACAAAUGACCAACCAACUGCUUCAGCGGAAACAAAUGGUCAUCGAUGUUUUUCACCCUGGAAAGGCAACAGUACCUAAAACAGAAAUUUGGGAAAAACUGGCCAAAAUGUACAAGACCACACCAGAUGUCGUCUUUGUAUUUGGAUUCAGAACGCAUUUUGGCGAUGGCAAGACAACUGGCUUCGGCAUGAUUUACAAUUCCUUGGAUUACGCAAAGAAGAAUGAGCCCAAACACAGGCUUGCGAGACAUGGCCUAUAUGAGAAGAAAAAUACCUCAAGAAAACAGCGAAAGGAACGCAAGAACAGAAUGAAGAAAGUCAGGGGGACUGCAAAGGCCAACGUUGGUGCUGGCAAGAAAAAGUGAGCUGGAGAUUGGACAACA